CGGCCCUGAGAUGAGUGUCCGGCCUGAGCGGGCACACCAUGAAUAGAUACACAACGAUCAAGCAACUCGGGGAUGGAACCUAUGGUUCCGUCCUACUGGGACGAAGCAUUGAAUCUGGGGAACUGAUUGCCAUUAAAAAAAUGAAAAGAAAGUUUUAUUCCUGGGAGGAAUGCAUGAACCUUCGGGAGGUUAAGUCUUUAAAGAAGCUCAACCAUGCCAAUGUGGUAAAAUUAAAAGAAGUUAUCAGGGAAAAUGAUCAUCUUUAUUUUAUCUUCGAGUACAUGAAGGAAAAUCUUUACCAGCUCAUUAAAGAAAGAAAUAAGUUGUUUCCUGAAUCUGCUAUAAGGAAUAUAAUGUACCAGAUAUUACAAGGACUUGCAUUUAUUCACAAACACGGCUUCUUCCACCGGGACUUAAAGCCUGAGAACCUCCUCUGCAUGGGCCCGGAACUUGUGAAAAUUGCAGACUUCGGGUUGGCCCGAGAAAUCCGAUCAAGACCCCCAUACACAGACUAUGUAUCUACCAGAUGGUACCGGGCUCCAGAAGUGCUCCUGAGGUCUACCAACUACAGCUCCCCCAUUGACAUCUGGGCGGUGGGCUGCAUCAUGGCCGAAGUGUACACCCUCAGGCCACUCUUCCCCGGGGCUAGUGAAAUUGACACCAUCUUCAAAAUUUGCCAGCUGCUGGGGACACCCAAAAAGACCGACUGGCCUGAAGGCUACCAACUCUCUAGUGCGAUGAAUUUCCGCUGGCCCCAGUGUGUACCCAAUAACUUAAAGACCCUGAUUCCCAAUGCGAGCAGCGAAGCCAUUCAGCUCCUGAGAGACAUGCUCCAGUGGGAUCCCAAGAAACGGCCAACAGCUAGUCAGGCUCUUCGAUAUCCUUACUUCCAGAUUGGGCAUCCACUGGGCAGCACCACACAGAGCCUUCAAGAUUCAGGAAAAGCACAGAAGGAUGUCCUGGAAAAGGCUGGCCCACCUCCUCACAUCAAGCCGGUCCCCCCCACCCAGCCCCCAACCAAGCCACACCCGCGGAUUUCUUCGAGACAACAUCAAGCCAGCCAGCCCCCUCAGCAUCUCAUGUACCCCUUCAAAGCAGAGGCUUCCAGGACAGAUCACCUGAACCAUCUCCCGGAGGACAAGCCAAGCCCGUUGCUCUUCCCAUCCCUCCAUACCAAGAAUCCUCCGUCGAAAAUGCUAGCUGGCCUGGAACACAAAAAUGGGGAGAUCAAGCCCAAGAGUCGGAGAAGGUGGGGGCUUGUGUCCCGGUCGACAAAGGAUUCCGAUGACUGGGCUGACUUGGAUGACUUGGAUUUCAGUCCGUCCCUCACCAAGAUUGACCUGAAAAACAAGAAUAGACAGAGUGAGGAGACUCUUUGCAGAUUUGAGAGUGUUCUGGACCUGAAGCCCUCUGAGCCCAUCAGUACAGGCAGCAGCGCCCCCACCCAGACCUCCUAUCAGAGGCGAGACACACCAACCCUGAGGUCUGCGGCCAAGCAACACUACCUGAAGCACUCACGAUACUUGCCUGGAAUAAAUAUGAGAAACGGCAUACUUCCAAAUCCAGGCAAGGAUUUUAUUCCAUCUAAUCCGUGGUCUAGUUCUGGUUUGUCUGGAAAAUCUUCAGGAACAGUAUCAGUAAUCAGCAAAAUAAAUUCCGUUGGUUCCAGUUCAACAAGUUCUAGUGGACUGACUGGAAACUAUAUCCCAUCCUUUCUGAAAAAAGAAGUUGGUUCUGCUGUGCAGAGGGUACACUUGGCACCUAUUCCAGACCCUUCUCCUGGCUAUUCUUCCCUGAAGGCUGUGAGACCUCAUCCCGGACGACCUUUCUUCCACACCCAGCCUAGAAGCACUCCCGGGCUGAUGCCCCGACCUCCAGCUGCCCAGCCAGUGCAUGGCCGGACCGACUGGGUUUCUAAGUACGCGUCUCGGCGAUGACCAGCAUGAAGCUUCUGGGCUCAGGGGAAAGCAAGACACGGUCCCUCGGCCAACUGGUGUUCUGCCGGCAAGAAACCGGCAGAUGGUGUGAAAGCAAACACUUUAUAGUUACUCUUCUGAACUAAGACAUUUCAAUAUUCUUUUUAAGAUUUUUUUUAAAUAUUGAUUUGAAUGCAAUACCCUUUUUUUGUACAAAAUUAUUUUAUUCUAAAACUGGGUCCCAUUAUUUUCUUAAACAGCGCAUUUUGUAUAUAUGGAUUAUGUUUUAGCAUUUUAUACAGUCAACUUUGUAAUGAACUUUUUAAGAAUUAAUUGAUUUUCCUUUGGGGUUCCAGAUAAUAUUUUAUACAGAUUUUUAAAAAUGUAAUAAUACUGAUGCAGUAUUGCAGCAGGGGUGCAAUUGAAGGCCACCCGAUAGAGGGUUAUUUACUCAACGCGGGCAGAUAUUUGUGAAGCGGUUAAAUUUUAAAUGUGGCACGCUGGUACUUCAGGCUUUCUUGGACCAACCUCAGCGCUAGAUAAAUGAUCUUCUGCUUUUCUCGAUAUCAGGUUAUUGGUUUGAUUUUGUGACACCACUGUGCUGUUCUAAAAAUACUAUUAUGCAAUGAAUUUCCCAGCUGGAAGAACUCUAAAUAGUUUUUGAAAUUUUUACAACAACCCUUUUUGGUGGUUGGAGAUAUGCAAGGUGGUUGGAGAUAUGAACCAGGUUUUAUUACGCUGGACCAUCACAUUCUAUUUUCUCCCGCUUUUUUUAUGUUUCCUCCAUUUUUGAAAUCCAGUUGUAUAAGUACCCCCAAAAGGGAAGCCUUUGAAGCCAACAGGUCUUUAACAUAAAGGUCAACACAGUCCGUUAAACUUGUAUCCCUAUCAAGAUGCACGACCAAAAAGCUAAGUUUCAAAGCAGCAGAAGAUUUUGUUAUUAUAAUAACUGAUCAACUUUUGCAUACAGCUCAGUUCUCCAGGCCUGGCUAGGAACAGACGACAAAGAACCUUCUGUCCUAACCACAUUCUCAGGGCACUUUGGGGAGCAGGAAAGAUUUAUGGGAGAGGUUCCACUGACCUGGGAAGUCCCGGCUACCACGAGGGUCAUGUCGGUAGCGUGCCACAUUUGAACUCUUAACCCUUGUGUAGUUUCUUCACACAGUGGGAACUCUAUUUGUUGGACAGAGGCUGUUCCAUUGAGAGGAAUGUUUACAGCAAUUUUGAAAAUGACAAAGCUAGUUUGGAGACAGAAAAAGACAAAAGGUCCGCUCUUCGUCCAUCUCUGUAGGGUACGUCUGCCUCCAGCAGUGGUUACCUGAAAGGCAGGAGGGAAGGUCUCCGCCAGGGAACACGAUACGAACUCAACAGUGUGUUGACUCACAUUCUCCCUGGCCCCAAGCUACUCUCAUUUGGUUCCAGGUUCCAGGAUCUAGCAGGUUGAGCCAUAUGAAAUUGUCUGUCAUUUCUGUAGGGUAAAAUGAUAGAUUAAAGUGAAUAUUGGCACUUUGGUAUGAUUCAACCCAAUAUGUGGGUAAAUUAUUGCUUUGAUGUAUUGGUAGUAAGUUGCAGCCUGAACAAAUUGCCAUGGCUCCCAAGGGGCCCUAAUCUAAAUCAGGGAGUAAUUUCUGCUUUGGAGAAUCUGGCACAACAAUGUACUUGACCAAGCACUAUGAUCCCUAGGGGCAUGAGAAAAGCACAUAAUGGAUGUGGAUUUGAUAGGUAAUAUUUUCUGUUAACAAACUGGCAGCAAAGCUUCAGAAAACAAAUAUGUAUAUGUAAGCACAACUUGAAGCUGAGUUCACUUCUGUAUUAUAUUCUCAACUCAUUAUCUAAAGCAACAGAAAAUGUGUUUUCAGAGAUGAGUCCUUUACUGCAAUUAAUAUUUAUUUUCCCUUUCUGUAUUAUAUAUAAAAAGUAAGUUAAUCUGUAACCUUACCCAGCUUGCUGGAAAGCUGGUUUUAAAUUGUAAAUACCUCUUAGAGAAGCGAAUGGAUUGUGAAUACCAUAUUCUUGGCACUCUAGCUUAUGUUAAGGUCAUGACAUUUUUUAAAUUGAAAAAACCUAGUCACCUGGUUAUUACACAUUAUAAAAUUGUUUUUGUAAUA